AUGAGAUACAUUUUAACGUUCACCUUUAUUGCCAUGUGUGUCAUGGGCAGCAUGGCUUUGGUGGCAUCUCCACCACCUAAUCCAGGCGUUGUUGUUGUGCCCACACCACCACCAGCACCCACCAUGGCCCAGGAUUUGGAUGAGAUUGUGCGCAUGGUGAAUUUCCUACAAAUUCGUCAACUGAUGACACGUUAUCUGCUCAACGAUGCCCAGUUCCAAGGUUUUGUGCGCAUCCUAAAUUCCCAUGAUGCUUAUGUGACCUACAUGCGAUUCCGUUCCCAACCAGAGGUUAUGGCUUUCAUUGCCUGGGUAAAUGCACAAAUUCUACUGUCCGGUGGUGAAUUACAAGUCGAAGAGUCCGAAGAGUUUAUGACCAUCAUUAAUCCAACACCGUUCUGGGCCAAUACCGUUUCGGGAUGGCAAGGUUUUGUCAAUGAGUUCUUCUUCUACUACCCGGCCGAUAUGAUCAGUAUGCAUAUCAACAUGAAGGUAGGACAGAAUGGCAUCUUCACUCAAUUCUGGCAACGUUUAAAGGCCUUGAAACCGGUAUACGAUCGUGUUGUGGCUAUGCCUGAGGCUCAACGUGUGGCAGCUGCUCUCCAACUUAAUGGCAUUGAUAUCCUUCAAUUGGACACCUUUAUUCGCAAUCAAUUCGGUUGGCAAAUGCCGCCAACUUUGGCUCCAUCUACAACGACCACCACGACAACAACUGCUGCUCCCGUUGUUUCUAGCACAGAAGCUGUACUAUCAUCCACUGCAUCAGUGCCUUCCUCUACUGCGUCUGCACCCUCUGUGGAGCCAUCUGUCGCUGCUCCCGUAGCUCCUGAAGUUGUCCCCUCAUCCACUGCCUCUGCGCCAUCAGUUGAGCCCUCUGUCGCUGCUCCCGUAGCCCCAGAAGUUGUUGCCCCCUCCUCCACAGCCUCUGCGCCAUCUGCGGAACCAUCAGUAGCUCCGGCUGCAUAA